CCGGCUCCUUCUGGAUCCUCCUCUGUUGGAGAAAGUCCACAUCACGCCGUCCUGGGAGAGUUGGAGGGACUUUUUAGAGGAGACCACUGAGGAGAAGACAUGAGUUUGGUGGAUGUGAGGAGGGCCGCAGGGUCCUUGACCCUGCCCCUGUCUGGCAAUGACCCCAAAGAGCACCACUUGGAUAGCAUGGGGGAAAGCGACCCAGAGUCGCAGCGAGGCAGGACCCUGUCGCCAGACCUGAGGCAGGAUUUCAACAUGAUGGAGCAGAAGAAGAGGGUCACCCACAUCCUGCAGAGUCCAGUGUUUAAAGAUGAGCUGGAGGGCCUGAUUCAGGACCAGAUGACGAAGGGCAACAACCCCUCAGGUCUCCUGGCACUGAGGCAGAUUGCUGACCUGGUCAUGGCCAGCACCGUGGGAGGAGCUGGCCCUUUGACUUCACCCAUCAGCUUUGGGAUGGUAACUCCAAUUAAUGACUUGUACAGCAUUGAGUCUCCUUCCUUUGCCAAAGGAGAGAAACAGAGCCGUUGCAAACUGGCCACCCUCUACAGGCUUGUUGAUCUCUUCAGCUGGGCUCGUUUUACAAGCUCCUACAUCACUGUGCGUGUCAACAAAGAACAGGAUCACAUCCUCAUCAGUCCACAGGGCCUGUCAUUCGCUGAGGUGACUGCAGCUAAUUUGGUAAGAACAACCCCUGA